CGGGCUGGCAGGAGGGAGGAAGGGAGACUCAAGGGCCAAGGCCAGUGAGGACACCCCUUGGGAUCACACUGAACUCACCACAUCACUAAGGUGGCUGAACCCUCUGCAUCAACUAGCCCAGGUUAAACCUCAGUGUCCCCAUGGAGUUUCCUGGCCUAGGAACCCUGGGGGCCUCAGAAACCCUGCCCCAGUUUGUGGAUUCUUCCUUGGUGUCCUCAACACCAGAUUCAGCAGGGUUCUUCUCCUCUGGGCCUGAGGGUUUGGAUGUGGCAGCUUCCUCCACUUCCCCAAGCACAGCAACAGCUGCAGCUACCACACUGGCCUACUACAGGGACACUGAGACCUACAGACACUCCCCAGUCUUUCAGGUGUACCCACUGCUCAACUGUAUGGAGGGAAUCUCAGGGGGCUCACCUUAUGCUAGCUGGGCCUACAGCAAGACGGGGCUCUACCCUGCCUCAACUGUGUGCUCCAGCCACGAGGAUGCCCCUUCCCAGGCUCUGGAAGACCCAGAUGGGAAGAGCAACACCACUUUCUUGGAGACCUUGAAGACUGAGCGGCUGAGUCCAGAUCUCCUGACCCUGGGGACUGCAUUGCCUGCAUCCCUCCCUGUCACCAGCAGUGCUUAUGGGGGAGCUGAUUUUCCCAAUCCUUUUUUUUCUCCCACUGGGAGCCCUCUUAGUUCAGCAACCUAUUCUUCCCCCAAGUUUCACGGAAGCCUACCCUUGGCCCCUUGUGAGGCCAGAGAGUGUGUGAACUGUGGAGCAACUGCUACUCCACUGUGGCGGAGGGACAGGACAGGUCACUAUCUAUGCAAUGCCUGUGGCCUGUAUCACAAGAUGAAUGGGCAGAACCGACCUCUCAUCCGGCCCAAGAAGCGACUGAUUGUCAGCAAACGGGCAGGCACUCAGUGCACUAACUGCCAAACAACUACCACAACACUGUGGCGGAGAAAUGCCAGUGGAGAUCCGGUGUGCAAUGCCUGUGGCCUCUACUACAAGCUACACCAGGUGAACCGACCGCUAACCAUGCGGAAGGAUGGAAUUCAGACCAGGAACCGCAAGGCAUCUGGAAAGGGGAAAAAGAAGCGGGGGUCAAGUCUGGCAGGAGCAGGAGUAGGAGCAGGAGCAGGAGCAGCUGAAGGACCAGGUGGCGGCUUCAUGGUGGUAGCUGGUGGCAAUAGUAGUGGGAAUUGUGGGGAGGUGGCCUCAGGCUUGACACUGGGCACUGCGGGUACUGCCCAUCUCUACCAGGGCCUGGGACCUGUGGUACUGUCAGGGCCUGUGAGCCAUCUUAUGUCUUUCCCUGGACCUCUGCUGGGAUCGCCUACAGCCUCUUUCCCCACAGGCAAUGUGCCUCCUACCACCAGUACCACUGUGGUAGCUCCACUCAGUUCUUGAAGGCUUGAAGGUACACAAACUGGCCUUGGCCUUAUGGCAGAGGAGGUGUCUCCCUUCUCUCUCUCUCUCUUUUUUUUUUUUUUUUUUUUGAGGCAGGAUCUACAGAAGCCCAGGCUGACCAUAGCUAAGAGUGACCCCAAAUUUCUGAUUCUCCCAAGUACUGGAUUAUACACAUGUAUUGCCAUGCAUGCAUUUUCCUUUGUUUCUAUUUUUGUUUGAUUGUUUGUUUGUUUUUCUUUGGAGACAGGCUCUCCCUAUACAGCCCAGGCUAGUUUUGAAUUUCCUAUAGAGUCCAGGCUAGCCUCAAACUUGAGAUCCUUCUGCCUUAGUUCCUGAGUGCAGCAAUUAUAGGCAUCUGCUACCAUGCCUGUUUCACCUUCCUCUUAGAGCCACCAUUCUUUACAGCCCAACUGUUUGGGCCUCAAACAUCUUGCCUGUACCUUCAAAGAUUUUGUAAAAUAAAACCACCAAAGACCUGUAACUGGAGCCAUAAGACUGUGUUUGGGCUAAAUAAAUGUUGGUGUCA